AUGUCGCAGUCCCUCUCCGCGUUCGUCAGUAAUGCCGACGGAUACGUCGGACGCGGUGUGGUAUGCAUUGCAAAAGUCUUGUUAUUUGACUAGUACAAACAGCAUUAGAAAUUUUUCCAAAAGGAAAAACGAAAUGUGUCAUGCAAAAUAAGGUAUAAGCAAAAGGAUCUGUCAUGCGAGACUAGCAUUAUUUGUUGUACGAGUGCGACAUACCACUUUUGCGAUGCAUAUGCGGUUGCCGAGUUGACGACAUUCGCAGAACGGCAUAAGUUGGCGCUGAACUUGUCGGGGUCUGCCUUGAUCACGUAAGAAUAUGAUCAUAUACUGAUUGAUUUUUUGUUUUUACAAAAUGCAAUGCCCCACAACUUGUCAUGCGUAUAGUACAACAGCUACAGGAGCUACGUGGUUCGAAGUUCGGCGUUGGAUAAAAAAAACCCCUGCAAAAUAAGGAAAAACAAAAAAUAAAAAACCAAGAUCGAGGACCAAAAACUUUUAAACCCAGUUCCACCGUCGAGACAACGGCCCCCGCGGCUCCAACCUCCGGAGAAAACUCCUCAACAGCGGCCCCGGCACCACCCGCAGCCCCAGUCGUGCCCACCACCACAAUCUCCGCAGCAGACAAAGCCGCCGCGAAAUGGUCCGCCUUGCCCGACAAUAGUUUGUUGACGAUCGUGCCCAAGGACGACGAACUGCUGAAUACGAUUGUGAAGUCGGAGCUCAUUGUCUACGAUCUCUUUACGGCGGACUUGGGGGAACUAGAGCGGGUGAUUCAAAUAUGAGAGUGCACAGGUCGCCCUCCCCCCCAUUUGUUUUUGUAGGCAUGAGCAGCAAUACAAAUGCCGACAUGGUUUGCAUGGCAAAUGCAUCCCUAAUUGUACGCAUUGUUGUUUGGACUUCCAGAACCUGUCAUGCAAAUAAGAUUACCAAGAGGCAACGACAACGCAAAGGCAAAGGGUGCAUUUGGUAUUUUGCAUGACACACGACGCGGAGCAGGGGGAGUCGUGCACUCUCAUAUCCAAAGCUGAAAUUAGUCACCGACCAUUCAGUGAUUUUUGUGCUGAUUUCAACGGUGCUGACCUGGUAUGAAUUGCAAAAGUCACGUGCUACGUGGUAUAAUUGCCAUACAAAUUUUAUUUACCACCUCAGCACGACAAAUGCAAUGGAUAUGGAACUUGUCAUGCUGAUUUGUGUUGCACUUGCAUAUAAGAUUGCGAUUACCCACUACGAGUGCGUUACUUUUGCACCGGAUACCUGGGAUAAGUCCGCGGUGGAGCUGGAGGAGGUAUACUACACGACUGUAAGUAGAAAUGCAUUACAAAUUUCCUCAGCAUGAGAAGUUGUAAAAUCUGUAAUGCGAAUUUACCUUAAGAAAAAGAUUUGUAAUGCAUGACUGCAACACACUAGAUCGUCGAAGAGGUCCCACCUGCACCGGAAGGGGAGGAAGACGAGGCUGCGGCAGAGGAAGAUGGAGAGGAAAAACCUCCAGCAGAAAGUGAACCCCCAAAACCGAAGCAGUUUCAGCCGAAGAAGCUGACCGCAAGUUACUUCGCAAAAAGACAGGCGACGGCGAAAUACCGCAGAUGGCAGACGAUAGAAACGCUGGUAUCCUGAGUAAAAACGUCCCCACACCAGAGUCGAGAUAGGGCUCUCGCAACACAAAUCCAAAAGCUUUGGCAGUCACGCAUGACAAGUUGCAGUACGUAGUGUAGUGUAAGUUGGAAAGGCCAGCCGCAUUACAAAUCCAUGCGCUUAUCCUGUUUACAGCAUUACAAAUCCCAAACCACGAUUGCAAAUGCCUAUCAUGUUGGGGAUGCGCAUCACAGAUGUUCCUGUCAUUGCAAAUCUGCAUGACAACUCUGGGGUGGGGACGUUUUUACUCAGGACAGCUGGUCACGUCGUUGAACGUGAAAGCGAAUAUCCGGUCGAUCGUCGUUUCGUCCGGUUUGCUUUACGGAAAGGGCGUAUGAAAUGCAAAAAUGUCUAGGUCUGGAAGAUUGCCAGGUUUGUCAUGCAGGUUUGCUAUGGCUCAUAAGGUUUAGAAUGCAGCAUCUAGCAUGACAAAUUCUGUAAGACCUCUAUCAUACCCGUCCUGCAUGAGAAAUUCCCUCUCAACUUGGUAAAAAAGCGCGGCUGUUGGUAAUCACGCAACACAGAUUUUCUGCAUGAUGCAGAUUUGGCAUGACAAGUUGUGACCUUCCAGACCCAGACAUUUUUACAUUUGAUAGGGCGAAAUGCCGAACUACUCCACGGUCCCGCCCGCCAUGCUGACCGUACCUGCCAGCGAGGGUGGUUUCACCUCCGUUCCUAUCAACUGCAAAAAUGUCAGGGUCUGGAAGAGUGCCCGACUUGUCAUGCAGGUUCUCCAUGACCCAUGAGGUCUGGCAUGUAGGACAUAGCAUGACAGAUUCUGUGAGAAUUCUAUCAUGCCUAUCGUCCUGCAUGGGAAACUGCCUCUCGAUUAGGUCAAAAGUGGACAGCUUCUGGUAAUCAUGCAACACAAAUUUUUACAUGAUUCAGAUUUAGCAUAACAAGUUGCUUUGUACCAGACCCAGAGACUUUUGCAUUUGAUAGCUCCCUCGUUUUCGUACCUGAUGAAGGAGGCGUGGCUGAGAAACGAGAGCUAUGAAUUGCAAAGGUAUCGUAUUUGUAUAAAUGCAUUUACAAAUUUUCUCAGCAUGAUGAGAAACAAAAUUUGUAAUGCGGAUUUGCCUGAGGAAAAAGAUUUGUAAUGCAUAACAGCAAUUGCUACGAGUACGAUACUUUUGCAGAGCAUAAGGGCUUCUUCGCUACAACAUCUGCGGAAAAUCCAAACUUUCUCCCCACGGUCCACGUCAACGACGCGUGCAAACUCGCAUUACAAGCUGCCUUUUUCCCCGAUGACGAAGCGAAGCUGGCGCUGCCGGAAACAUAUCAACUGCAAAUAUCGAUUUGGGUCUUCUGGAACUUGCAACAAAGCCUGUGAUGCUGUUCGGAAAAGAGAACAUCAAAACUUGUUAUGCGCGUUCCGAUACAGCGACGUCAAGUUGUCAUGCAAAUAAAACGGAAUGUGUCAUUCUGUUUACUCGCGAGGUAGUCGGUGAAAAAUUUGCCACGCAGGGUUCGCUACUGGAGUCUGGCUGUCAUCCACACUUUAGCAUGCCAAGUUCUUUCCAGAUGACCCAGACACAUUUGCAAUCCAUAAAACACCGGCAGACCUCAUUCCGGAGGAGCCGGACGAGGGCGAGGAGGAAAUUUCGCCCGAGAAAAUGGAGAGUAUGAACUGCAAAAGUAUCGUACUAGUAGCAGUAAUUGCAAUACAAAUUAGCUUAGCACGACAGAGGGAUUUUCUCAUGCGGGUUUACCAUAAAAAGAGAAUUUGUAAUGCAUGACUGCGAUUACUACGACUGCGAUACUUUUGCACAGGAUAGAGAGGAUCCAAAUGCAGAAACCCUCGACCUUCGACUUUAAGCAAAUCGGAAAGAAGGGGGUGGUGGGGUACGUCGUGCAGAACUCAAAGAACAACUCGAAGUACGUGUACUGUGCGGUGGACGAAUCGUAUCGUGAGGAAAAAGUGCUAGUACAGUUUUACACACCCUGCUGCAACAAGACCAGCAAGACAACCUCUAUCAUGCAGGAAAUGCUUUCCAGCCUCAUUUCGUGAGUGCUGUUUAUGUUUUCCCUUAUGGUCUGCGCAUCACAAGUUUUCUUUCCUAUGCAGAGCAAGAACUUUAUGAUGCUGAAACUGCAACAAAUGUGUAAGUGUAAAACACUUUUUUUUCCCGUGAUAAAUCCGACAUGAGCUCUACGGACUUGCUGAAAAUCAUCCUGACCGAGUUUUGCGGCGAGCCGGGGGAGGCGGAGUUAACAACGAUGUAUGAAUUGCAAAAGUAUCGCAGUAGCUAGUAGUGAAUUGCAUUACAAAUUGGCUCAGCAUGACAGAGGGAAUUUGUCAUGCUGUUUUCCCUUGGGAUGGACAGUUGUAAUGCAUGAAUGCGAUUACACGAUACUUUUGCACAGGAUAAAAUGUUAUCUACGACCAUGGACGACAUGUUAGCGAAAUUCGGCGGGGAAGCGGCAGAAGAGGGAGAAGAGGAGGGCGAGAAACCAAAUCCCGACCUGCGAAAAAGCGUGCUGCGGGACGUGCCUGUGGCGGGAGGAGACGCCUGCUCGUUAGACCUCUAUCCGGAAUUGACUAAAAUGAACCUCUAUCCAGUGCAAAUAUGUCUGGGUCUGGAAGAGUGCAAGAUUUGUCAUGCUAGUCUGGCAUGACGCUGAGCUCUGUAUUGCGCGGCCAGCAAGAGCUCCUCUUGUCUGUCAUGCAAGAAGGCUGUUUAUCUAUCAUGCGGAUUACGCAACACGAAGCCACGGAAAAAUCUGUCGUGCUUGGCGGUGCAUCGAAAUGUGCUUUCUAUUCACUGACAUGCAUCACAGGUUUCCAGACCCAGACAUAUUUGCAAUGCAUAACCUCCGCGUCAGUCCCUGCCAGACCUGGUACCGAAUCCCGGAGAAGCACUGCGCCAAGGGUUUGUUUUUCACGAACAACGUCCGAAAAAUUGCGAAGGAGUAUUCCAUAUGGAUUGCAAAAGCAUCGUACUAGUGUAAAUCGCAUGAUAAAUUUUGUCAGCACGAGAAAUGAAAUUUGUAGUGCGGGUCUAACUUGAGAAAGAAAUUUGUAAUGCAUGAAUGCGAUUAGUACGACAACGACUACGAUGCUUUUGCAUAGGAUACUCGAAAGAGAUCAACCUGAAGCCCAUCCGCUCCGUGUUCUCCGGCACGCCCGGGUGCUAUCUGGAGAUGAUAAACAGUGUCUCGAAGGAAUUCGAGGUCGAAGUGAUUUCAACUGGGAAGAUGCAAAUGGAACUGGCAGAGUGGGCGAAAAGUACUUACUAUAAUUUCGCACGGGUCGUUCUUCAAGGAUUUUGUCGAUGGUUCUCUAUCAUUUCUUUCUUACGUUUUGUGCACCAUGAUCAGGAUGAAUUCUCGAUCACUCGUUCAGACGUACGAAACCGCAAUAAAUAAAAGCAAAAUCAUGUUUCUCUGUGGAAAUGAAAUUAUCAGGUCUAAUCCCCCCACCCCCGGAGCCAAAACCCGCCCCGCCCCCACCCGAGGAUGGGGAAGAGGAGGCGCCUAUUCUGAGUAAAAGCGCACCCACCCCAGAGUUCGUUGUCAACAUGCAAAUCUGCAUGCCAAAGAAGUUUCUCAUGCGGAGCCCCAUGAAAAGCAUUUUCUACUCGUGUUAGGGAAUUUGUGAUGCUAGAGCCAGUAUGAAAUGCUAGAUCUGUGAUGCUGCUGAGCUAGCUAGGACGAAUCAGGAUUACACUACGAGGGCAAACUUGUCAUGCGAAAUAACUUGAGCUGGUUGAUUUGUGUAGGAGAUUUCCCAUCUUGUUGACUAUGGAGUGGGGACGUUUAUUUUCCACAGGAUAGCGCCCCCGCCGGAGGAAGAGGAGCCAGAGCCCGUGGAGCUGCCGCAGGCGGUGGUCUAUCUACAGGAGAGGUUGGACUUUGAGGCACCGUACAGCUUCAAAACGACAACUAGCACGGUGGAUAUGAAACCAGUGCACAACUCCCCCUCCCCCUGUUUGCCAUGCAAAACCCCAUCAAAUCCAAGUGCUUCCCUUUGGCACUGUUUGCAUGACAGAUUCAGGAAGGAGCCCAAACAGUACUACACUAGACGCGUGAAUUUGUCAUGCACAGGCUCCUCGUGUGCUGGUGUUUGUAUUGCUGUUCAUGCAACACAAAUGAUAAUGAGGGGGAGGGGAUGAAGUUGUGCACUUUCAUAGUGGAAGAAGAGGGCGCGGAAGAGGGCGAGACGGUGACCAAGGAAGUGGUGGAAGAUAUUAUCAGCGAGGAGGAGAAGAAACUUCUGUUCUCCAGCCUGAUCGAGAAAAAGCUCAUGACAAGCAAGUCGCGGUACCGCGGGUUCCUCGUGGAGUUAGGGGAUUUUCCGUUGAAAUACGAGGACGCGCUCGACUUAUUCACGGACAAGGUGCCAGAAGUGGUCAAAGAAGAGGAGGAGGCUGGGGAGGAAGGUAUAGAAGUACGACUGUGGUGGUCAUUCUAUCUUUUUUUGCAUGACAAACGACGCCUCUGUCUGCACUACUUCCGCAUGACAAACACCUUCACACUCAGAAGAGGGCGAGCAAUUUGUCAUGCUGAUUUAGCAUCAUCUUCGUCGUAUCUACUCUGCAGGUGAAGAAGCUGCGGAGCCGGUGAAGGAGGCGACAAAAUACACCCUGAAAGAUAUGGAAGCGUCAGGCUUGAAACCGACAAAGGUGAAAUGAUUCGCCAUGCAUAACAUGCAAGGCACGAAGUGACUGUCUUGCAGGGAUGGCAAGUGAGGCCGAUUGUGAGCCUGCUUAGGGUUUGUUGAACUAGAGCUGCUAAAAUAGCAUGAAAAAAGCAGUCUUCUGUGGCCAAACAGCAUGACAAACUGGAUUUAGACGGUGCCGAACUUUGUUACGCACCGCUUAGAAAUUGGGCUUCCAGGAGCUGGUAUCGAUUUUAAUUAUGCAUUGCGAGUUAUUUCAACUCUGUCGAUUUCAAUCCUGACACUCCCAUAAAAGAAUUUUUUCCGGACGUCUUUGUGCUGGCAAGCUCUAGUGAUGACAACGCGAAGAAGCAGCUCACCGCGAACGGCAGACCGACCGCCGACUUUGACGCGAAAAAGCAGGACUUCGCAGCGAAGUUCAGACAACCAUACAAGACACAGGAGGAUCAGCAAAAGGCCUUCGUAUGAGAGUUGUGCACAACUACCCCUGCUGCUUCCCCUCACUUGUCAUGCAAAAUACCGAAAUUUUUACAGUAGUAGAAUCUUACGUGGUAUUGUCAUGAUGAACCGCCUGAAUCCACCUCGCCAGCGCUUGUGUAGCUGUCGAGCUGCAACUGCAUGGUGCCAUUUUGAUGCAACUGCAUGGGGAAGGAAAAGAAGUAGUUGUGGACUGUCAUACUAAGAUGAUACGGUAGGGAAAACUGUCCCCACUACCCCGGUUUUCCCCAAAGACAAUUUUUUUUUUUCGAUCCAAUUGUAAGCAGGGCGGGCCCUUCGCAAGCGACCUGCGCCGCGAAUGGCCAGACCGAAACCCGCUCCCCCAGGUGUGUUGCUGGACUCAAAGACACUGGACGCCUUGCCCGGCUUUUUGGGGCGCAAGCAGCUCGGGCCCCGCGAGGCAGCGCCCUGGGCAAGGCGCCCAUGCCAGACCCGCCCCCCGGCCACCUAAGGCUGAACGCAAUGCCCCUUGCCGCGAACCUGUCUUCUCCGCUUGAGGCUGGCCGGCACCGUUUCCCUGAGUGCAUGUUCGGACACGCUGGCGAGAAAAAAAACGUAUGCUGGGGAUUUCGGCCCUAAGCAGCUAUCUACGCACUUUCGGCCACCAAAACGAGCACCAGAAACCUCCCGAAAAGGUACGCAUGCACGACCUCCAGGGAAACGGUGAGGCCGGAGCCUCAGAAGUUGGGCGCGGCCAGUGUGGCGGGGCCGCGUUGCAGUAGCCUACGCGCGGAUGGGGCCGAAGUAGCUACACACAUCCACAAAGCUUGCUGCCCCGUCAGCUCAUGCGCCGACUUUUGCGCGCCGCUAUCCCGCUUGCUCCAUUGCAUACGUAACAGCCUCAGAAAGUAUCCGUGAAGAAGAUCCACUAGCGGACACUAUCCGGGCGGGCUGCGCGGCCGGUGGCCGUGUUGUUGCAUCAGUUCAUAAAAAAAAUUUUGAUUUGGGGAAAACCGGGGUAGUGGGGACAGUUUUCUCUAACGUAGAUGAGUGGCAACAAAAGACGAACGAGCUGAAAGAGCAGUACGCAGCGCAAAUCAAGGAGUUAUAUCCCUUGCAAAAGUAUCGCACUCACUCGUACUAAUCGCAAGUCUGCAUUACAAGUUGAAGUUUCCUUUUGAGGCAUCAAUAACUCAGCAUUACAAACUUAAUUUGUCAUGCUGAGCCAGUUUGUCAUGCAAUUUGUACUAGUCGCGCGAUCGCGAUGCUUUUGCGAUCCAUAAGUUAGAACAGGCCGCGAUUUUGGAAGCGAAGCAGCAAAGCGAAGAAACGGGCGAGGAAGUGGAGCCGAAGCCCAUUGAGCCGCCAGAAGAGCCGGAGUAUCCGGAAUACGAAGAACCGAGCUUCAUCCAGUUAUGCAAUACAAAUUUGCCGUACAUGUACAACAUGCAUCACAAAUUUCACCAAUUUGGAGCGUAAAACUUGUCAUGCUAAACUAGGAUCGAAGCCAAGUUUUUUCAUGCAGAGACCGCCUCUGUACGUGUACGGGAAAUUUACUGUGGAUACCAGUUUCCCGCAUCGCAUCUCUUCUCCUCCGACAAGUUUCUGGACGGGAACAGGACUAUGAGAUUGCGCAACCCGCCCUCCCCCUCAUUUGUAUAGCAUGAACAGCAAUACAAACACCAGUACACGUGGAGGCUACGCAUGACAAAUUUUUUGUGUACCUGAUGUAGUACUGCUUGGGCUUUCGGAUUUUGUCAUGCAAGAAGCAGUGCUACAAAUACAAGGCAGCGCGAGCGACUCACUGGAUUGGGGACUUUGCAUGACAAAUGAGGGGGAGGGAGAGCUGUGCUCUGUCAUAGCGACCGAGAUCGAGUUAGUCGGCCUGUUGCCAACGACGAAGACGAACCGAGUGCCCGAAUUGGAGUUGGACUACAUUCUUGGGGCGGAUGAAACCACGCCGGAAAGAUUACACGAGCUGCUGCUGAACGAGUUCAAAAUCGCGUUCGAAUCGGUGUUGAACGACAAGAUUUUCAACUUUUUCCCAACGGAUAUCGCACGAAAAAACUGUUUCACUGUGAACUUGUGAUGCAGAAAAUGGAACACAGAGCAGCUAUUUGUCUUGCUACACCUGCAAGACAUUGGAUUUUCAAGCGUGUUUUCUUCCCUUGGGAAGCGCGCAUGACAGAUUUUCAGUGUCAUGCGUAUACAAACUUGUUGUGAUGCACAUCGUGCAAAAUCAUCACAGUGAAGCAGUUUUUUCGUGGGAUAACGGAAGAGGAAUUGAAAGCGAUAGAAGAGAAAAAGCGGUUAGAAGAGGAGGAAAGGAAACGAUUGGAGGAGGAAGAAAAAAAGCGUGUCAUCUACGAGAAGGAAGAGAAAUUGUUGAAGAUGCAGAACACCGAAUCAAACUCCAGAUUGGCGGUAUGAGGUUGGAAUAAAAGUACUUUCAACUAUCGCAUUCAGCAUCAGUACACAGAAAAGUUGCAUGACAGGUUUACGUUUGCUCUUUUCCGGAAGCAGGACGAGAAAUGACAGGUUUGUGUUAUUUUUCAUGCGAAUUCGAAUAAAGAAACCAGAUCUUCUGUAUCUGUCAUGCUAGUCUGCAAAAAAUAUAUUCGUAUGAGUUAGGCGAUAUUGGAAGUACUUUUGGACAGGAUUACCGGAGAUUGAGUCAAAGACGGCGGAGGAAUUGCAGAAUUUGUCCCUGCCG